GUGCUCUUUAUAAACUAUUAAUGGAGCAUAAUGAAGACAUAGGAACGCACGGGAGUUCAUUACUUCUGCAUAAACGCGUUUCCUCGCAGGUAAUACAAGACAGGCAGGACUGGCCCAAUGGGAUUCCAUGUUGGGACUAGUGAAAGCCAAGGCGCGUUUUCCUAUUGGUGCUGUGAGCCGGCGUGGGCGGGGCCUAAGCGUGCGUCCUCACCAAAACAAGCUGGAUGCCUGCACCGAGACGAGCGUCACCAGAGUCCGGGAGCAGAGCGAGAGUUCGACCGAAUGGAGCCACCGACCCCGGCCUGAGCCUCCAGCAGAAACAAGGCAGGGCUGUCAGGGCUACUGUUAGUGGUGGGCGACAAUGGACCACAACACUGAGACCAGGAAGAUUACCUCUUACCUCCCCGACAGCUCCACCUCUGAGACCCAGAAACUGUCUCCACCCAGAGGCCCAGGUUGCAGCUGGCUGGUGGUGGUAGCAGCUGUAGCCGCUUCUUUGAGUGGCCUGAUGCUGGGUUAUGAAAUGGGCCUGACCUCCGGGGUCCUGCUGCAGCUGCGCGGACUCCUCUCCCUCUCCUGCCGGGAACAGGAACUGCUGGUCAGCUCCCACCUGCUCGGCGCUCUCCUCAUCUGCCUGGCCGGAGGUCCUGUGCUCGAUCGCUACGGCCGCCGCUGCUCUCUGCUGCUGAGCGACGCCCUGGUGGUCGCAGGGACCAUCGUGGUCAUCGCCGUGCCUUCGCUUGUCGCUAUCACACUCGGCCGGGUGAUCGUCGGCAUGGGCACGGCGCUGUCGGGGACGGCAGCGUGUCUGUACAUUGCAGAGAUCUCUCCGAGUGAGAGGAGGGGUCUGCUGGUGACACUGUAUGAGCUGAUGCUGGUUGUGGGCGUCAUGCUGGGAUUCAGCUGCAGUUACGCCUUCGCCACUCUGCCUCGUGGCUGGGCGUAUACGUUUGGACUAGUGAUCCCCCCUGCGCUGCUGCAAAUAGGUGCACUCCUCUUCCUCCCGUGCAGCCCGCGCUUCCUGGUCACUCAGGGCAAAGUGGAGCAGGCCAAGGCAGUGCUGCUCAGAAUGAGGGGCGGGCUUAAGGAACAUAUAGAGACGGAGCUCACAGACAUCCAAUCUGGACUAAAAGCGGAGUCAGAACACUCUUUCUGGGAGUUGUUCAGUGCCAAAUCCAACCUACGUUCCCGGCUGCUAACGGGUGUAGCUUUAGUUUUCCUCCAGCAGGUCACGGGUCAGCCCAACAUCCUGUCCUACGCUUCACCACUCCUCCUCAGUGUGGGCUUCAACAGUGACGCUGCAGCCACCUUGGCCUCCACAGGGUUCGGAGUGGUCAAAGUAAUCGGCACCAUCCCCGCUGUGCUGCUGGUCGACCGAUUGGGAACCAAGAGCUUUUUGUGCGUGGGUGCCAUUGCGAUGGGAAUUUCGCUGGCCGUGCUCGGCACACUGACGCUGCAAAGCCAUACUCACCUCACCAGUCUGUGUAAAAGUCACACGACACCAAACCUCACACACACCCUGUGGGAUUUAAACGGAACCUCGACAGACUUGGACGACAUUGAGUUUUCCUCCACCGGCCUCCCCGGCCAGUGGAGCGGCGAGGAGGCGCAGAGGACUAACAGAGAGGAUGAUGGGAUUGGGGAGCUGGGAGGAGGGAGGACUCGAGUAGAAGUGUCUCCCUCGCUGAAGUGGGCGUCACUGAUCAGUUUGCUGGUGUAUGUGGCAGCUUUCUCCAUUAGCCUCGGACCAAUGGUGUAUGUGGUUCUCAGCGAGAUCUUUCCGAUGGGAGUCAGAGGCAGGGCCGUGUCUGUGGUGUCCGCAGUGAACUGGGCCACCAACCUGCUCAUCUCCAUGACCUUCCUCACCUUCACUGAAAGGAUCGGUGUUCCCAAUGUGAUGUUCCUCUACUCCGCCAUGAGCUUUGUUCUCCUGGUGUUCGUCAUCCUCUGCGUGCCUGAAACCAAAGGUCGCACUCUGGAGGAGAUAUCUAAGGAACUGGCCAAGAAGAAGCCUUUCCAGGUGAACCUCUUUCGGCAGGUGCAGCCUAAGGAGAGUCUGAUCAGCGGCACCACGUCGCCAGAGGUGCCGGUGAACAUCUGAGACCUUUUACCAACUGUGGACCUCAGUCGAGCUGAAGCAUUGAGGAAAACAAACAUUUAAGUAGAGCUGUUCAGACAUGCACUGAACUCCGGACAUUUUCCAGACAUUUUCCAGAUGGGCUGUACGAGUCAGUUGCUCUGGAUAUUUCCCGGAACUUUUCAGUUAAAUGUCUGGAAAGUGUCCGAGAGAUCCCGCGUGAGAAUACAGCAGGAAAAUGUCCGGAAAACCUGCAAGAGAUGCAAAACUGGAAGAAUACAAAUAUCUCAGGAUGAAAAAAGAAGUGCCAAACACGUAGAAGACGCCAGUGUCAACUUGGAAAGACAAGAUUUUAGAGCUUUUAGACAAUAAAACUGAAGCGGGUGUAGAUGUGCUGUAAAUAAAAACAUGUGAUUUCUCUAUCCGAAUUUCUACAUCAUGUCCUGCCUCCUGCACGUUCUACCUAGACGCCGGCCCUUCGCCUGAUUGUUCCGGACAGUUUCCUGUUGACGUGACGCAAGAUAAAAUCCUUCUAUGUUCUUCAUAUGUAUAAAAACUCCAGAGAAUGUCUAGACCCAAUUUUAUGGACAUUUUCCAAACUUCAUGUCUGAAAAGAGCUGUAUUGUCUCGGUCAUAUACAGGUAGUUGCUUCUAGCUUCAGAUAAGGAACAUUAAUGAUGGUGGAAAUUACACAAACAAUUCAGUAGGGAAUAGGAUAAUGGAAAAGUAGCUCAGGGUUCACAUGUUUUUUUACAACUCUAUUCCAUUUGAAUAUACUUUAAUGCUGAUAGGGAUUUUCCACCUUAGGCUCAAACGAGUCACACCAUUUAUGUACAAGGAUGUAUUGUGACCUGAAAUGACACAGUAGUGUGUGCGUGUGUGUGUCUGUGAGUGUAUGAUAAGUACACAUUAGUCUCAGGAAGAGCUGCGUGUCAUUUACAUUUUAUGGGAACAAGCUCGUGAUAAUGAAUGAACACAACAGGCUCCACUGGUUUACUGCUGAAUCCUCAAACUAGAAAACAUACUGAAUCCAUCAGGGUAAAUCAUUUAUCAACAAGUUCUGUUGUGGUACGAGAAAGUUUUGUUUCACUUUUGUCAUUGAUGCCAAAAUGAAACUUAGUUAAUCAACAAGUUGAAUGUCUUGCAGCGAGAAAAGAAUAAUGCACAUUUGAAUCUGUACUUUUGAAUGUAGAGAUGUAUUUAAGUCUGUCACAUUGAAAACACAUUUUAAAGAGUAUUCUGUUGAGACUGGUGAAUACAACCUGUAAUAAGGAUAAAUGGAAAAAUAACGAUUAAAAGGACUUAGGAGAGA